GCUACGAUGCGUAUCAAUCGAAUCGACUGCGAAUGCGUACAGCACGCCUUCAGACUCUCGCGUGGCGAGUCAGCAUGUGCGUGCGGCUAACUGCUGUGCUCUGUUGUAGUCGGACGGCGUAUAGGUUAGACAGGUUGUUUUCACGUGCGGCAACGUCAACAAAUCGACUGAUAAAUAAUAACAAAAUGGAAAAUAUUGAAGAAAUUGAAAGUGUUAAUGGACAGCCGGAGGUGCUGCAAGAGGGCAAGGCAAAAAUUUUAAUUGACAAAAAAAAUAUAUUUUACAAUCCUGUGCAAGAGUUUAAUAGGGACUUGAGUGUAGCCGUUUUAACACAAUUCUCGAAAGAUUGGACAGACAAAAUGAACAAUGAUCCCAAAAUUGUGGAAAAAAGAGGUCUUAGAGUCUUGGAGGCUCUAUCAGCUACUGGUCUAAGAAGUAUAAGGUAUGCCAAAGAAGUGCCUGGUAUUGAUGAAAUUGUCGCUAAUGACAUAUCCGUCUCAGCUGUGGAGGCAAUUAAGAAAAAUGUAGUUUUUAAUCAAGUUGACAGUAUUGUUAAGCCUCAUGCUAAUGAUGCUACAAUGGUAAUGUAUGAGAACAGGAGAAACAAGUUUGAUGUUAUUGAUUUAGAUCCUUAUGGUUGUCCAAGUAUAUUUUUGGAUGGCGCUGUUCAAAGUAUCAAAGAUAAUGGAUUGCUGUUAGUGACAGCUACAGACAUGGCUGUGUUAGCUGGUAAUUCUCCUGAAACUUGCUACGUCAAAUAUGGAGCAGUCUCUUUAAAAUCUAAGUCUUGUCACGAAAUGGCUUUGAGAAUUCUAUUACAGCAUAUAGCCAGUCAUGCAGGAAGAUAUGGCAAAGUUAUUACUCCAUUACUUUCUGUAAGUGCUGAUUUUUACAUUAGAGUAUUUGUGAAAAUUCACACUAGUCAGAAAUCUUGCAAACAAAAUACAAGUAACUUAGGUAUGGUAUAUCAGUGUACAGGCUGCAAGACUUUAAAUAUUCAACCUCUGGGUAUCAUGCCUUCUGAAAAUUCUUAUAAAAUACCAGCAGCUCCUGUCGUAGAUAAGCAUUGUGAGUUUUGUAAAUACAAACAUCAAAUGGGUGGUCCUUUGUGGACAGGUAAACUUCACGACAAAGACUUUGUACAUAAAAUUUUAGAAAAUAUAGAAAGCGAAGAAGAAAACAAUAUCCAAUCUUUAGGAACAAUCAGAAGGAUACAUGGAAUGUUAUACGUCAUUGAAGAAGAACUAGAAGUUCCUUUAUAUUACCAACUAGAUCAAUUAACAUCAACCAUAAGAGGAAAUGUACCGCCUAUGUCUACCUUUAGAUCAGCUAUAUUAAAUGCAGGACAUCAAGUCUCUUAUUCUCAUGCUAAUAAGUAUUCCAUAAAAACAGAUGCACCAAAUACUGUAAUAUGGGAUAUAAUUAGGGCUUGGGAAAAAGAGAAUCCAGUGAAAAGAGAAAAAUUUGUCGAGAAUAGUCCAGGCCUGGCCAUCCUUGAAACGGAAACAAAAAUAAAUGUAUCAUUUGAAAAACAUCCUAAUGCAGUGCCACAGUCGCAGCAGAAAAAAAUGACUCGCUUUCAAUUAAAUCCAAGUGCAUACUGGGGUCCUGGUACAAAAUCCACAACAAUAGUUCAGGAUCAGCGAGCACAAAGCAAAAGGGAGAAGAACCAAAACAAAAAUAAGCGUAAAAGAGAGAGAAAUGCCAAAAAUGAUGAAAGUAUGGAAGAAAAAAAAGCCAAUACAUCUGCUGAAUAAAGUUUUGUUUGUAAAUACUGAUAGACAAUAAAAAUAUUUU